UGUAGAACCCAUUUAUAUCAUUCCUGUAGGGUAUUUUUGUUUUUGUUUCUUAAUCCCUAAUUUCCUUAAUGGCCGUCACUAUUUCCUUUUCACAUGUGUAGACGGCGUGUGACGCUGACGUGAGUGACUUUAAAAAGUGUUUGUUUUGUGGUCGUUUUACAAUUUUAAGACGAGAUUUUGCAAUUUCAGUUAUAUUUUACAUAUAAACUCGCGAACGCAAGAAAAGAAAAAGUUUAAAAUGUCUGGCAAACCAAAGCGUCCUCUUGCCGCAUAUAUGUAUGUUGUGGCUCAACAAUGCACGCGAUCAGGUUAAGCGCGAAAAUCCAGGCAUUAAAGUAACCGGAGUGGCCAAAAAAAAGAUGGAGAUUUAUGGCGUUUAAUGAAGGACAAGUCGGAAUGGGAAGCAAAGGCAGCUAAAAGCCAAGGAGGAUUAUGAAGAAGCGGUGAGAGAAUUUGAGGCCAAUGGAGGCAGCUGCCGAAUUUACAUCCAUAAUCAGCUGGAUUGAAACCUCAAAGGGAAGCUCUUCCACAGUACCACCACCGCGUACCGCCUUUCCUGGUGCACCACCACCAACUUCUGCGGUUGCUUUAAAAGGGGCCCCAAGGCCAGCUAUGACUAGUCCAGCAGCAGCAGGCGGCUUAGCAGGUGCUCCGUAUCGCGGUGCCAGUUGGACUCCACAAGGUUACGCUCCAGCUGCCGCUGCAGCGGCUGCAGUUGCCGCCCAACAAGCAUACAGAUAUACAGCUCCAUUGCCGCAACCAGCUUACGCGGCCUAUACACCACAUACAGCUACAACACCAGCAACAACUACGGUAAGUCUUUCAUGGAAAAUAUUCACAUAGUAAAGGUCACACACACAUACAUAUGUAAGCGAAUGUAUUCAUAUACAUGUCCGUGCUUACUGCCUUUUUCUACUCUUGGCCAUUCCUACUUUGAACCGGUAAGGAAUUUUUCACUUUACAGCAUUAAAUGAGAUCAGAUUUCCUAGUAAUAGAAAAUAUUUGCAACAUAAAUAAUAAAAAGGCUAAUCUAGCUUGCAUAAAUACAAACUAAGUACAGGGUGAAUCAAAAUUGGUACAGCAUUUCAAUAUUUCUUCCUCCCUUUGAACUAAGAAAAAUG